AUGACCUUUGACGUUGCUUUCGAUUUAGAAAAAAGUCGCGUCGAUUAUCGUGAAUAUAGGUACAUUCAGUUAGAUAAUGGAUUAAGGGCAAUACUGGUGUGCAACUUAAAGCCUGGUGAAGAAGUGCCUGAGGACACACUGUCGUGUUCCGACCUUGAAAGUGAUGACUCUGAAAGCGUGGAUGACGAAGUGGUAGCUGAUGAAAAUGAAGAUUCUGUGUGUGAUCAGGAGGCAAAAUCGGCUGCUGCACUGUGCAUCAGAGUGGGAAGUUUUUCGGAUCCUCCAGAAGCUCAGGGACUGUCUCACUUUUUGGAACACAUGGUAUUCAUGGGAAGUGAAAAGUAUCCAACAGAAAAUGAUUUUGACUCGUAUUUAAGUCAACGUGGUGGAAGUAAUAAUGCCUGGACAGGAAGUGAACUUACCCUGUUCCACUUUGAUGUGAAACGUAAACACUUUGCUAGUUGUUUAGACAAAUUUGCCAACUUCUUCAUUUCACCGUUGUUGAGUAAAGAUAGUAGUGAUCGAGAGAUAAACGCUGUUCAUAGUGAGUUCGAACUUGCAACUGCUAAAGAUUCUUCACGUCUAUAUCAUCUGAUUGGUCAUUUAUCCUGUAAAGAUUCUCCAUAUCGACUCUUUGGCUAUGGCAAUCGAAAAUCUCUGCAUGAUAUUCCAAAUCAGAAUGGUACUGAUAUCUAUACACUUUUAAGUAAGCAUAGAAAAACGGCGUAUUCUGCUGAUCGUAUGACGCUGGCUGUACAAUCUAAGCACACUUUAGAUGAUUUGGAGACAUUAGUACGUGAAAUUUUCUCUGAUAUACCAGUAAGUGGAGUACCUGCACCAAACUUUUUAUCGGCCAAAAGCUUUGAUGUUGAUUCAUUUGCUGGACUUUAUAAAGUUUGUCCUUUAAGCGCAAAAGAAAAGCUACGCAUUAUCUGGAUUUUACCUUCACAGCUUGCGAAUUAUGAAUCAACUCCGAUGGAUGUUCUAUCUUCUCUUAUUGGUCAUGAAGGUAGAGGAAGUAUACUGGCAUUACUUAAAGAAGAGAAUUUAGCUGUUCAUCUUGGCGCUGGAAUUAGUUGUACAUCAGAUUUUGAUAAUUCUAGUCUAUGUGCAAUUUAUUUGGUGAGUAUUGAACUCACAGAUUACGGUCGAGAUCAUAUUUUUCGAGUUUGUAGUAUACUAUUUGAUUAUAUCAAAAUUCUAUUACAUUCUGCUACCUCAUCAUUAUCAUCAUCAUCGUCGGGCAGUAAUGCUAAUUCGUCUGACGUCAACAACUUACCAGAGAUGCAUACAUUUGCCACCUAUCUACCAGAAUAUCAGUUAACUAGAGAAGCAAGCUUUUUAUAUACAGAGCCUAGUGAUGCUGAAAAUACUGUUGUUACACUGGCGAAUAAAUUACACCUUGUUAAGCCAGAACAUGUUUACUCUGGUUAUCAAUUGCUUAAAAAGCCAAAUAUGCAAUUGUAUAUUGACCUACUUAAACUGAUGACACCUGAGAGAGCUGCAAUCUUCUUUUUAUCGUCUUCAUUUGCAGCAUCAGUUGGUGAUGAGUCGAAACUAGAUCAUGAACCAUGGUUCAAUGUAGCCUAUCGAAAAGAGACUAUUCCUGACAAUAUCAUGAAUGAUUGGAAGACUUCAAAGCCUAGUAGAAAAUUACAUCUUCCAUACAAAAAUAAUUUUAUCACUACGGAUUUCAGUCUGUUGGAUCCGGCAAAUGAUAUGAAACAACCGAAAGAUCUAAACUUAGAACCUGGUGGAGAAUCUCGUUUAAAAUAUGGUCAUUUAUGGUUUCAACAAAGUACACGUUUCAAAUGUCCUAAAGCCAAUGUAGCAGUUCAUCUAUGGUCUGGUCUUGUAACAAAGACAAAAGAAAACGUAGCACUGCAUGCACUAAUGGUCUUCGGUUUUAAUCAAUCUCUAAGCACAAUAACUUAUGAAGCUAGUGAAGCAGGAUUAGAACAAGAUGUUAGAUUCCGGGACACUGGUUUAUGUAUUUAUGUCAGUGGUUUUAACGAAAAACUCUUCUCUUUCUAUUCAACUGUUUUGGAUCAUAUUAUGGAUCAAACAAAUGAUUUAUCUAAGGAAUAUUUUGAAUCAUAUCGUGAUGCUGCUCUUAAGUUAUACUAUAAUCAAGCACUUAAACCAGAUGCACUUAACACACAUCUUCAAGUUUAUCUUCUUCGUCGUGAAGCCUUCCUGCUAACAGAUUUAUUAAAUACGUUGAAAGAUCUGUCUGUAGCUGAUUUAGCAGCCUACAAACAGCAAUUCUUCUCAAAUCUUCAUAUAACUGUAUAUGCAUAUGGUAAUAUUAGAAAAGAGGAUGCUAUAAAUUUCUUUGAUUACACUGUCAAGAAAAUUAAUCCUGUGCCUAUUCCAAAACGAAAAUUGACGGAUCCUUCUAUUCUCGAUCCAGGAACUUAUCACUUACGUUUAAUGAAUUGUAAUCCAAGCGAUGUAAAUAUGUGUUUAGCUCGAGUUCAUCUACUCGGAGAAUCUGAUAUUAAAAGUCAAUGUUAUAAUAAAUUAUUAGCAUUUAUCCUAUCUGAACCAGCCUUCGACUAUCUACGUACAAAAGAAUCCCUAGGAUACACCAUAUACCUUCGAUAUUGGCUAUCUAUGCCUGGGAGUACAGGUCAUUCAGGCAUAAGUGUAAUUGCAUGUAGUCCUGCGAAUAAAUUUUCAGUGAAUUUUGUUGCUGGCCGAUUAACUGCUUUCUGGCGUCGAAUUGCUCCAAGGAUUAUUGCUGCUAUGCCACCGGAAAAUUUUAAAACUUCUGUGGAAUCACUGAUAUCCAUCCAUCAACUAGAAGAUCCUAAUAUGGUCACAGAAUUCGAUAGGAAUUGGGAUGAAAUUAUGCAGACUACAGCGAAUUUUAAUUACAGAGAAGAAUGUAAUGGUACUGAUAUCUAUACACUUUUAAGUAAGCAUAGAAAAACGGCGUAUUCUGCUGAUCGUAUGACGCUGGCUGUACAAUCUAAGCACACUUUAGAUGAUUUGGAGACAUUAGUACGUGAAAUUUUCUCUGAUAUACCAUUUAUCCUAUCUGAACCAGCCUUCGACUAUCUACGUACAAAAGAAUCCCUAGGAUACACUAUAUACCUUCAAUAUUGGCUAUCUAUGCCUGGGAGUACAAGUCAUUCAGGCAUAAGUUUAAUUGCAUGUAGUCCUGCGAGUAAAUUUUCAGUGAAUUUUGUUGCUGGCCGAUUAACUGCUUUCUGGCGUCGUAUUGCUCCAAGGAUUAUUGCUGCUAUGCCACCGGAAAAUUUUAAAACUUCUGUGGAAUCACUGAUAUCCAUCUAUCAACUAGAAGAUCCUAAUAUGGUCACAGAAUUCGAUAGGAAUUGGGAUGAAAUUAUGCAGACUACAGCGAAUUUUAAUUACAGAGAAGAAUGUGUUAAAAUUCUGUCAACAAUUACUCAAGAAAGUUUAUUAAGUUUCUUUUUAACGGAGUAUUUGGAUACGAAAAAGCAGCGUUCAUUAUUUAUUCAGAUUGAUUCAACCGCCACACCAGAUAUGAAUGCUAAUACUAACGUAUCAUCAAAUUCGUAUCUCUUAAAUUUUGAUGUUAUACAAACUGAUGAUAAGUCAAUUAAAGAAGAGUAUACGAGUUAUUCAAGUGUUGAUGUAACCAGUGCAUUAACCACUUGUGGUUAUGAUGACAAAUUAGUCAAUCAAUUCUUCGAUAAUCAUAAAAGCAACCAUGAUAAUAAUAAUAAUAAUCCCUUGGAUAAAAGUCUGCUCGACAAGGAUGAACCUAUCGUUUAUAUUAAUAACUUGUUUAAAUUUCGGUCAAAUUUACAAUUUAAAACUGGUCGAAUUGCAUAA